CAUCAAAUAUGUACAUUAUUAGACAUUAUGAGACCUUUCCAAAUGCAACAAUGAUAUGCAAAUGUUUAAAUGUAUAGGCCUAUAUGUAUUGAAUAUAAUUUGACAUGGGUAUAAUUAGGUUUUAAUGGUGUAUGUUUGGCUAUGACAUUAGGCUAGGUCUUGCAAAGGAUUCACGAAUUGAAGCCCUCGUGUUAAAUGCUUAAUUACCUAUUUAAUUAGCUUUGACAAACACGGACACCGCGUGCAUGACACCUUCAAUGAUGAGUUAGGACGGGUUAGACGAGUAACCGCUGCAUGUGAAUGAUGAGAUUUGAAAUGUUACACCUCCCUUUGCAGCUGGGCUGCAUCUGUAACGCUGCUAUUUGUCUCAAGCAUAAAAUUGGCAUGCAAACUCUUGCACAUGCUUCACUUCGUUGCUCUUGCUCAGUUUUAGAAAACAAAACUAAUCUCUAUUAUUAUCACACUUUCAUAAUGUGUACGAUUUUGAGUGUUGGCUCAUUGCAAUAUUAGUAGCGUAUAUAUUCAAAGAUUGGUAUACUAAAAGUACUAUUUUGUCGCAUCUGAGAGGUAAAGUUAUUCCCCUAUUUACCUGUUCAACUAUUGGUGUUCACCAACCAUUACUUUUACACAGAAUAGGUCAGUUUCUUAACAGAAAAGGGCAAUGUAGUGGUGUAAUGAGUGGGAAAACACCAGGGAGUGCAGAUGUGAGGAACUCUGCAGGGUACUGGGGGUGAGGGACCGGGAGCGGGUGGGGCGGAGAGCUGAGCUAACCCCAGCCUGCCUGGGCCAAUGGGGCAUGGUAAUUAGAUCUGGCCAAUGUGGGCCUUGGGCUCUGGACUGGGGGCAUAUAAGCGGGGCCCCAUGGCAGCAGCCCCCUCAUAUCACUCAGAGGUCUCCUCUCUCACCCCACUGCUCUCCCAAAGCAGAGAGUUGUUUUCUUCCUUUCUUCAACCACAACAACAGCCCAUCCAUGGAUGUCUUCUCCCCAUCGCAGGUCUUCUAUGACAGCGCAUGUGCCUCCUCGCCAGAGGACCUGGACUUCGGCCCCGGGGAACUGGACGGCUCAGAGGAGGACGAGCACGUCCGGGUUCCUGGGGCUCCUCACCAGGCGGGUCACUGCCUUCAGUGGGCCUGCAAGGCCUGCAAGCGUAAGUCCAGCACGGUGGACCGGCGGCGGGCUGCCACCAUGAGGGAACGACGCCGGCUGAAAAAGGUGAACCACGGCUUCGAGGCUCUGAGGCGCUGCACCUCAGCCAACCCCAGCCAGAGGCUGCCUAAGGUGGAGAUCCUGCGCAACGCCAUCCAGUACAUCGAGAGCCUCCAGGAGCUGCUCCACGAGCAUGUGGAGAACUACUAUGGCCUUCCUGGGGAGAGCAGCUCAGAGCCUGGGAGCCCCUCGUCCAGCUGCUCCGACAGCAUGGUUGACUGCAGCAGUCCUGUUGUGUGGCCUCAGAUAAACACAAGCUAUGGCAACAACUACAGUUACACUAAGAACGUGAGCUCCGGAGAGAGCGGUGCUGGUGCCUCCAGCCUGGCCUGCCUGUCUAGCAUAGUAGAUCGCCUCUCCUCGGUGGAUGCCAGUACCCCAGCUGGGCUCAGAGAUAUGCUUACCUUCUCGCCCUCUAGCACCGACUCCCAGCCUUGCACUCCAGAAAGCCCCGGGACCAGACCUGUGUACCACGUGUUGUGAAGAAAACCUGCAUUAGAAUAGAAAUAAUCGGAUGACCACAUACCACUUUUACUUCCUAUUUCGGUGAUGGCUAAGAUCGAUCAACACCUGCCAACUUUUGUAUUGUAAAUAAGAUUGUAAAUAUGUACUGUAAAUGUUCAUUUAUUUUAAACAAUAUUAUACCAAAUGUAACAUAUUUAAUUGAUCCAUUUCAUGUGUCCGUCCUAAUAUAGGCCUAUGCAUCAUUCAAACAAGUUGUAUUUAAGCUAUUGUAUGUUAGCUUCAUGUUUCUCAUGAUUAAUAAACGUUUCAAUAAUUCUAGAGUU